AUGCACGGGGUGAAGCGGUUUGGCAUUCGGGGGAAGUUUAGUCCCCGGUAUAUUGGCCCGUAUGAGAUUCUAAAAUGGAUCGGGCCGGUGGCAUACAAGUUAGCAUUACCGCCGAAGCUUGCUGGAGUGCACAACGUGUUCCACAUAUCGAAUCUCUGCAAGUAUUUUCGUAACUCCUCACAUGUGUUGGAGUAUGAGUCGGUGGAGUUGCAUGAGGAUGCCAGUUACGAAGAAUUUUCGGUGAGCAUUCUUGCUCGAGAGGAGCGGAAACUACGGAAUCGGACCAUUCCGUUUGUCAAAGAGUAA